AUGCGUGAAAUCGUGCACUUACAAGCUGGUCAAUGUGGAAAUCAGAUCGGCGCUAAGCCAUUGAAGAGAAAUUUCUUCAACAAUGAACAUUUUAGUAAAAUACAACGACAAAGAAGAGUAGAAAGGAAAGAAACAGUUAGUAAAUCUUUGCUGGAACUCGCCACAAUGCAGCACAAUCAGAUGAACUUUUCUUAUAAAUAUCCACGAACUGCCAUGCCUUGGGUUCUCUUCAAAAUGCUUUCAUUUCAUAUCUCAAUGAAAACAUUAAAUGUCGAAGCUUUCUUUAAACAGAAGAUAACAAUUCGCAGCAAAGACAAGCAGAAACAGGAAAUUUUAAAGUAA